UAAUAGUUGGGUAUAAUACAAAUAAUCAAUGAUGGUUUAAGCUCGAAAAAUUAAUCAAAGACAAGUCUUUUUACAUUCCAGAAAAUUAGUUUGGCAUUUUUUUCACAGAAAGUUUAGAGCUUUAGGUGGAUGCUUUUAAGCUCGAAAAAUUAAUCAAAGACUUAAGUCUUUUUACAUUCCAGAAAUCUCAUUUGGCCUUUUUUCACAGAAAGUUUGGAGCUUUCGGUGGAUGCUUUUAUCCAUGCAAAGUUAUAGGCUAGGAAUUCGUUUUCUCAGUUCAGCUUCUAAAAGCAGCAACAGGAGAAUCCAUUGGGAUCCAACUGUGGCUCUUGUACUCAAUCACGAAACCCUGUUUUUGCUUGAGAAAUGCAGUACAAGGUAUCAUUUCAAACAGAUAUUGGGACAGAUGAUGAGGACCGGGCUUGUUGGUCUGACAUUUCCCAUGAGCAGGCUUCUCUUAUUCUCUGCUAUCACACACCCUGAGAAUUUAGACAUGGCCAUCCUCCUUUUCAACUACUAUACUCCUCAACCCAAUCUUUUCAUUUACAACACCAUGAUUUCAGCUUUAUCUUUCUCUGCAACUCAAUCAUUUGAUAUGUACAAUUCCAUGCUCCAUUCUAGCAUAUACCCAGAUAAACAUACCCUUCUUUACCUGCUCCAAGCCUCCCAGUUUAUACCAGAAGUGAAGCAGAUUCAUUGCCAUGCUAUUGUUACAGGUUUGAUUUCAUAUGGUUAUCUGAAAAACUCCCUUACCAAGAAGUAUUUGGAAAAAGGACAGUUGGGGCUUGCUCACCAGGUAUUUCAUGAAAUGUCAAAACCAGAUGCUGUCUCAUUUAAUAUAAUGAUUGUUGGCUAUGCCAAGGAGGGAUUUUGUGUAGAAGCCAUAAAAAUGUUUCAUGAGAUGGUGCAUUUGGGUCUUACACCGGAUGAGUUUACCAUUGUUGGACUUCUUUUGUGUUGUGGACUACUAAGAGAUGCACGACUUGGGAAGUCUGUUCAUGGAUGGAUCAAGAGGAAAAACUCUAGUAGUUCUUCAAACUUGAUAUUGGGAAAUGCACUACUAGACAUGUAUGUGAAAUGUGGAGAAUUGGGGUUUUCCCUAAAGGUGUUUAAUGCAUUAGUGGAGAAGGAUACCAUUUCAUGGAACACUGUGAUUGCAGGACAUGCCAAGGUCGGGGAAUUGGAACUUGCUUUAGCAUUUUUUAAUCAAAUUCCUAGGAAGGAUCUUGUUUCUUGGAAUUCAUUAAUUGCUGGCUAUGUCAAGAAGGAUGAUUAUAUAAUGGUAACGAAUCUAUUCAAUAGCAUGGUUUCGGAGAAUGUAAGGCCUGACAGUGUCACAAUGAUAUGUUUAGUAUCAACUGCAGCAGAAACUGGAGCAUUGGACCAAGGAAAACGGAUACAUGGCUUAAUCAUUAGGAUGCAGAUGCAAAUAGAUGCAUAUUUAGGUUCAGCGCUAAUAGACAUGUAUUGCAAGUGUGGUGGCAUUGAAAUAGCUUUCUCAGUUUUCAAAGGACUAGAAAGAAGGGAUGUUACUCUAUGGACGACAAUGAUUACUGGAUUUGCUUUCCAUGGUUAUGGAAGCAAAGCUCUGGGUCUGUUUCUUGAGAUGCAGAGAGAUGUAAUACCAAAUAAGGUUACCUUUGUUGCUGUUCUUACAGCUUGCAGUCAUAGUGGAUUUGUGGAUGAAGGGCUUAAUAUAUUCAAUACUAUGAAGAAAGAAUUUGGCAUUGAACCAGGGGUUGAACAUUAUGGAUGUUUGGUGGAUCUUUUAGCUCGAUCAGGUAUGGUGGCAGAGGCAAAAGAUGUGAUCGAAAGGAUGCCAAUGAAACCAAGUAAAUCCAUAUGGGGUUCGAUGCUUAGUGCUUGUAGAGCUCAUGGUAAUGUAGAACUAGCAGAGCUAGCAUCAAAAGAGCUGCUCAAGUUAGAGCCUGAGAGAGAGGGUGGAUAUGUACUGUUGUCUAACAUAUACGCUGCCUGUGGAAGAUGGAGCUAUUCAGAUAAGGUUAGGGAAGUCAUGGUAAGCAGGGGAGUUAAAAAGGCUGCAGGUUGCAGUAGUGUGGUGGUUGAUGGUCUUAUUUAUGAUUUUGUGGCAGCAGAUAAGCGGCAUCCAAGAUGGGAAGACAUUUGUUCGAUUAUCCACUGUCUCAGAAUUGAAAUGAAGCUGGACACUGAAUUUUCAUGGGAAUAUUUCUCAAUGUUGCUAGACCCAUAUUGAGCUCUGUUUAAAUUUUUUAACUUUCAUUUUGCUAGUUGAUGCAGAAGACGGUGGGAUAUACUUGCAUACAGUUUUAUUAAGUGGGGUGUAGAUCAACACCUACAAAUUAAGUUUACAGUAAAUUUACAUUUGUUGGAAGUAGGGCGUAGUUAAGUUUUAAAAAUAUCGUAAUUGAAUUUUCAAAUGUGCUCGAGUAUAAAA